UAAACAGAAGAGUCGCAACUGGGCGGGUUUUAUCGUGAAAACCUGGCAACCCUGGAGAGCUCGCGGAGCGCAGACGCAGCACACAGUCCGCCGGAAUAAUGCGCUUCUAAUGCUGGGCCGCGGUCCGAAGCAAGGCCAUCCUCAGCGCGCAACGCUCACCGAACCCCGGCCGGUACCGAGCUGGUUGAAAACAGCAGCGCGCUACGGAGAGAGAGAGAGACACUGCCCAGCGCUCACAGCCAUGAGAGAAUACAAAGUGGUCGUGCUGGGAUCCGGCGGCGUGGGGAAAUCUGCGCUGACCGUGCAGUUCGUCACCGGAUCCUUCAUCGAGAAGUACGACCCGACGAUAGAGGACUUCUACCGCAAGGAGAUCGAGGUGGACUCGUCGCCGUCGGUGCUGGAGAUCCUGGACACGGCGGGCACCGAGCAGUUCGCCUCCAUGCGCGACCUGUACAUCAAGAACGGCCAGGGCUUCAUCCUCGUCUACAGUCUGGUCAACCAGAGACAG